UCCAAUCCAAUCGUCGUGGGCAUCGUUCGUGUGUGAAACGUUCUUGCGUUGCAGCGUGGUACGUGGUUUGUCGGCGGUUUCCUACCGUUCCGAUCAAAAAAGUCAUUCGCCAUGGCCGACGACGAGUAUGAGGCGGACGACGUCGGCGGCGGUGACGACUUUGACGACGUGGACGAGGACGAGAACCUCGACGAGAUCGACCAGAACGACGACGAGAACAUCGAGCUCCUGCAGGCGUCUGACGGCCAGCCGCAACAGAACCAGAAACGCAUCACGACCAUGUAUAUGACCAAGUACGAGCGUGCCAGAGUGCUUGGGACACGAGCGUUACAGAUCGCCAUGUGUGCUCCGGUGAUGGUUGAGCUCGAGGGCGAAACGGACCCGCUUCAGAUUGCCAUGAAGGAGCUCAAGGCGCGCAAGAUACCGAUCAUCAUUCGGAGGUACCUCCCCGACGGCAGUUACGAGGACUGGGGCAUUGAUGAACUCAUUAUCACCGACUGAACAGCCCGAUUAUGAGCCGAACCCCUUGAACGCUGCCCGUGUGCGACGCAGUAGCACCUUCGCUGUACCACGGUGUCGAUGCCUGGUGCUACGCAAUAAAGCAGUCCUCGUUGACGG